UCACUUUCUAUCACUCUCUUCCAUUUCCUUCCUCUUGCUGGCUACCUUAGUUGGCCGCAAAAUUCAGAAAAACCCAUCAUCAUAUACAAUACUGCAAAUGAUGGUGUUUUGCUUACAGUGGCCGAGUCCAAUGAAGACUUUGACCAUCUCUACAGAGAGGUGCGCUAUGCUUCUGAGUCACAUCCGUAUGUGGCACCUUUGUCCGUAUCUGAUACUAAAGCAUCCAUACUUUCUUUCCAAAUCACUUAAUUUGUUUCCAAACAAAGGUUUUACCAUCAGUUACACCCUUAACCAUGCUGUUCUUGAUGGUAGAAGCAUAUCUUUGUUUAUGAAUUCAUGGGCUUACAUAUGCAGAAAUCUAGAUGAAAAUGUGAAAAUAAGCCCUAGUUCGUUACCAGGAGAACUAAAUCCAUCUUUUGACCGAACAGUCAUUCCGGGUUCAGAAGGGCUUGAAAUGCGAUAUUUAAACUACUGGCUAGGACUGAAACUGCCAGGUUCAGAUGCCAACCCCAGAAGUUUGGAGCCAAUACCAUUUCCAGUUCCAGCUGAUGUAGUACGAGCGACGUUCGGAUUUUCUCGUGAAGACAUAAAGAAGCUAGGUGAGAGGGUACUCUCUAAAUUAGAAAAUGGAAAUCAAACAAAACCUUUCUCAACUUUUGUGCUUGCAUAUGCAUAUACAUUGGUUUGCAUGGUUAAAGCGAAAGGCCUGAAAAAUAAUAAUAAGGUUAAAUUUGGGUUGACAACAGAUUGUAGACCCCGUUUAAACCCUCCAUUAUCUAGGAAUUAUAUCGGUAACUGUGUUACUUCUUGUGAUGUACUUGUUGAAGCGGAACAUCUCCUGAAAGAAACUGGGGUUGUUUACGCCGCGAAGAGGCUUAAUGAGAUGAUCGAAGGGCUAGAAAAUGGAGUUCUAGAGAUAGCCAAGGGGAAGGUUCCAUUUAUGGAUGUGGAACCAGGAGUAGGAAUUAUUCUAGUUGCAGGGACAAACCGAUUUGGGAAGUAUGGUGCAGAUUUUGGGUGGGGCAAGCCUACGAAUGUAGAGAUUACAACCAUAGACGUUGGUGAAUCUCUUUCUAUGAUGGAAAGCAGAGAUGAAAGUGCUGGAGUUGAAAUCGGCUUAGUUUUGAAGAAACAUGAAAUGGAGAUCUUUGAUUCUCUGUUUGUUCAUGGCCUUAAGGUGCUAAGAAGUAGCUUGUAAUUUCAUCGAUUAGUUACACUAGACUAAAUAUAUUUGAGGAGGUGAUCAUCAAUAAAUGUGUUGGCUCGGGUCUGAUAUCACCUGCGUGCAAGGGCCAAGACCUGUAUUAGUGGUGUGUUUUUCUGUACUUUUGUUGCUAAGUAUUCUCUUGUACUAAAUCUUAUUAUAAACAAUCAGUCUCUUGUAUUCAAUCAUAUUAUUAAUAAAUCACGUUAGUUACCAAAAAA